AUGAACUUCGAAUUACCGCCCGAUGUCCAAGCUCAUCUAAAACGCCUAGACACAUUCAUCAACGAGAAGAUCAUUCCCCUCCAACACAAAGAUGACAAUAAUCGUUUCUUCGACCACAGACGGGAAGCCUCGCGGACGCAAUGGGACAACCAAGGCCUUCCCACACACGACUGGGAAGUCUUACUAAGUCAAGCCCGGAAACUGGCUGACGAGGCGGGGUUCUGGCGCUUCUCAUUCCCUACCGAGUUUGGCGGUGCUGGAAGCACCGAGCAGAAUCUCUACAUGUGUGCCAUUCGGUACCAUCUGGCAUCACAUCCAGUCUACGGCGGCGGCGUCAGCCUCGCCAACGACCUGCAGAACGAGCACAGUGUAGUCGGCAACAAUCCCAUCGUGAUCAUGCUGCAGCACUACGGCACACCCGAGCAACAGAAGACCUUCAUCCCCGCGAGCAUCAAGGGCGAAUUCCGGUCCACGUUCGGGCUGACCGAAAUCCACCAUGGCAGCGACGCAACACACAUGGACACGACCGCCAAAGCCAUCACACUACCGAACGGCGAGCCGGGCUACGAAAUCGACGGCAACAAGAAAUGGCAGACCGGGAUGCACAGUGCCACGCACUGCCUCGUGUUUGCUCGAACAUCCGGCAAAGCAGGAUCUCCACGUGGUAUCACGGCCUUCAUCGUCCCUCGCGAAACCCCAGGUGUGGAAGUCGCAUCAUACCAAUGGACGCUGAACAUGCCGACCGACCACGCGACCGUCCUAUUCAAGAGCGUCAAGGUGCCAGCGUCUGCGAUCCUCGGCCCGCUGGACAACGGCCUGGCCAUCGCACAGACGUUCACGCACGAGAACCGCAUCCGACAAGCGAGCUCCAGCUGCGGCGCGGCACGAUAUUGCAUCGACCGCAGCGUCGAGUACGCCAACAGCCGCAAGGUGUUCGGCAAGGCGCUCUCGUCCAACCAGGCCAUCCAGUGGCCGCUGGUGGAGCUCGCCACCCAGCAGGAAAUGCUGCGCCUGCUGAUCCUGCGCACCGCCGUCGAGAUGGACCAGGUCACCGCCAAGGCCAAGGCCGCGGGGAAGGCCCCCUGGGUCGCCAUCGAGCAGCAGCUCGGCCACAAGAUCGGCAUGUGUAAUUACUAUGCCAAUCGCCUGUGUACCGAGGCUGCCGACCGUGCCAUUCAGGUCCAUGGCGGUGUCGGAUAUUCGAGGCAUUAUCCUUUCGAGCAUAUCUGGCGCCAUUUCAGGAGGUAUCGCAUUACCGAGGGGAGCGAGGAGGUGCAGAUUCGGAAGGUGGCGGCGUAUCUGUUCGGGUACAAGACCACGGGAGAGGCUGGAGAGAAGAAAGGUACGGAGGAGGAGUUGAAGAAGAGUGAAGCAAAACUGUAA